ACGUCUCUUUUUCAUGUCUGUCUUUUUUUCCUCUCUUUUUUUUCUUUUUUCACCUCUCUAUAUUCUAUAAGAAGGCCAAUAUAUCUCCAAGCUCGUACAUUCACUGUCUUUGAACUCUCACUCCUCUGCUCUAAUUCUCUCGAACCAUAAUAAACACUCUGCUCAGCUUCUGCCUCAAUGGUGGUUCUUCCAACAUGGAUUUUAGCUAUGAUAUGUCUACUCUUCUUCGUGGGAGCAAUGGACAACAGUACACACGACAAGAUCUCAUCUCUCUCCAGAUCGGACGAAAUCGAAUGGAACAAGCAUGCAGUGACGAAUCCGGAUGAAGUAGCUGACGAAGUUAUCGCCUUGGCUGAAAUGAGUGUAAGAAACCACACCCAGAGGAGGAAGCUAGGUUACUUUACUUGCGGAACAGGCAACCCAAUCGACGAUUGUUGGCGAUGCGAUCGCAACUGGCACAAGAACCGCAAACGCCUAGCGGACUGUGGUAUCGGAUUUGGAAGAAACGCGAUCGGCGGUCGCGACGGGCGUUUCUACGUAGUCACUGACCCAAGAGACGAUAACCCGGUUAACCCUAGACCGGGGACAUUACGUCACGCCGUGAUCCAAGACCGACCACUAUGGAUCGUUUUCAAACGUGACAUGGUGAUUCAGUUAAAACAGGAGCUGAUCGUAAACAGUUUCAAAACGAUCGACGGACGUGGCGCAAACGUUCACAUAGCUAACGGCGGUUGCAUCACGAUUCAGUAUGUGACGAACGUCAUCGUCCAUGGAUUGCAUAUUCAUGACUGUAGACCGACCGGUAACGCUAUGGUUAGAAGCUCAGAGACGCACUUUGGGUGGAGAACGAUGGCUGAUGGUGAUGCCGUUUCCAUCUUUGGAUCGAGUCAUGUUUGGAUUGAUCACAACUCGUUGUCUCAUUGCGCUGAUGGGCUUGUGGAUGCAAUCAUGGGCUCCACCGCGAUUACAAUCUCUAACAACCACAUGACUCACCAUAACGAGGUUAUGUUGCUCGGACAUAGUGAUUCUUACACGAGGGACAAAGCUAUGCAAGUUACCAUUGCUUAUAACCAUUUUGGAGUCGGACUUAUUCAAAGAAUGCCAAGGUGUCGGCAUGGGUACUUCCAUGUCGUGAACAACGACUAUACUCACUGGGAAAUGUAUGCGAUCGGUGGAAGUGCAAACCCAACAAUCAACAGUCAAGGAAACCGCUACGCCGCCCCUAAAAAUCCUUUUGCCAAAGAGGUGACCAAGAGAGUGAACACACCGACGGGUCAUUGGAAAGGAUGGAAUUGGAGAACCGAAGGAGAUUUGCUUCAGAACGGAGCUUACUUCACUGCUUCAGGAGUCGCUGCAUCUGGUAGCUACGCACGUGCCUCUAGCCUGGCCGCUAAAUCUUCUUCAUUGGUCGAUACAAUUACUUCUGACGCCGGAGCUCUACCAUGUCGCCGAGGACGUCAAUGUACCUCAUAGUUGUUUUUAACCUCCUACCGACACCAUAACCACCACAAUUCAUAACCAUUUUCUAUUAUAUUUAGACAAAAGUGUACAUUCUCACACAUUUGUCAAUUAAAAGCCUAUUGUCUCUUCUUUUUUUCGUCUGUGUUUGUGUCAAUUUUUCUCAACCUCGGGUUUUCUUGCUUCAACCGCAAGUUAACACAAGAAAAGGAAAUAAAAAAACUUUUCAUGUAAAAGAGAAACUCCCGAAGUGUUGUUGGUUCUGUCUGAUCAACUCGUAUACCCAGAAAAAAAAACAAGAAUGUUAAUGUCUAGUUUUUUCUUUUGUGUGUUCUUCUGGUUUAUUAUUAAAUAUAGUGU